GUAAGGCUGACAAAACACCAGAGAUGAUAGAUGGAGAAAGGUGCGGAGAUGCCACUACAAAAAAAAAUGCUACAUGUGGAGACAUAGGCAACAAAGAAAAUGAGGCAAAAGAUCAAGAGACGAUAACUACAACAAACAAGAACAACGAAACACAAAACAUGCAAGGAUUGUUUGAUGCGCCUACCUUUCACCUGCUCACACAAGACACCGAAUUAGGUGAUGAUGUCGAUGAUACGCAUGACAAAAAUCAAGAAGGGAAGGGAACGGCUGAAAAUGAUAUCACACGUAAUGCUUGGAUAAAGGAACUUGAAUCAAGACGAAGAAAACCAGUUGGUAGGUUCAACCGCUCAUGUGAUGACCAUGAACACGAAAUGGGAAUAGACAUUACAACGGAAGAACAGCGUAUUUGGGAUUUUCUAUUCGAUGUGAAGUACUCAAUGACACGGGGAAUGGUCAUCUCCUUGUCUAGCGGGGUAACAAAAAAAUUUGGUCAAUCUGCUGGAGAUGUUAUCUUCGAGAGUAUAUACGGCUUAGAACUCACAAAAACGCUGAUGCGCACUUUGAGGAGGAAGUGA